GCGUCCACCUCUCAGCCUGCGCCCGCACCACCGCCACCAGCCUCCGUGCUCUUCGCCCGCGGGGUCAUCGCCCGCCUCGCCAUUUGGCCCGCCCUGCGCGCCGCCGUAGAGCAAAGCUGGGGCGGCCCCGACGGCGCCGCGAAGCGCACCUGGCUCGCAUCCGUGCUCGUCGACGCCUUCGAGCAGGAGGACCCCGCGCCCGACGCGGAGUACGUCGAGCUCACGCUGCUGCAGGUCAUGGAGGACGAGUUCGACGCCGUGCUCGAGGACGACAGCGCCCAGGCCGUCGCGGCGGACGUCGUGCGCCUCUGGGCGGAGGCGUGCGCGGGGCGCCAGGAGCCGGUUGUGCAGCUCGAGCAGCAGGCGGAGCGGCUGCGCGGGAAGCGUGUCCAGCUGGAGGAGGGCGUGGGCGAGGAGAGCGAUUGGGAGGAUGAGGACGAGGACGACGAGGACGACGGAGAGGGAGAAGGCGCGACGGAGGCGCCGAGGCUGCUGGACCACCAGGCAAGACCACCGAGGCAGGAGCCGGAAGUAGAUGACGAUGGAUUCACCAUGGUGAAGAAGGGCAGGGGAAAG